AUGUUAUUCCAGGAUGUUAUCUCUGAAAGCACCUAUGAGACACUAGGCUCAGCACUCAAUCCAGAUAUUUCCUACACCGCGAGAGAAUUCAGAAGGAGUGCCCUAGUUUAUCAUGUAGUCAGAACAUACAAUCUAUCUGAACUUGAGACACUUGCUAAGAAGUAUAUUGAACAUUUUGAGAAAUCAAUUUCUAUUUUCAAUAUACUACAGGCGGUGAGAAAGAUGUUUUCAAAGCACUCUGAUCACAAAGUUUGGCUUCUCAGCUAUAUCAAAACAAAACUUGAGAAAGUGUUUGUGUCUGAUGAAACAACUUUCAAGCGUGACAAGUUUCACUGUGAACUUGGAGAGGAUCAAGUUUUUCACAAGGCUGUGAUGAGAAUGAUUGUCAAUAUUUACUGUGCCUGGUUGUUGUUUAUGCGAAGUACCCUUGACAGUCAGAAGAGCCGUGUUGAAGCUGGAGCUGAGGAUCUUCCUGCUGACAGAUAUCUGGAUAAAAUGUCUCCUGCUGAAGAACAUGUCACUGAAGCAUAUCUCGUCGAAGAUACUGCCGCUGAAGCAUAUCUCAUUGAAGAGUGUGCUAUUGAAGAACCUCCCGCUGAAGCAUAUCCCGUCAAAGAACCUGCUGAGGAAGAACCCGCCCCAGAAGAGCCUUCGUUUGAAGACUGUCCCGUCGAAGAUCCUCUCGCUGAAGACCCUCCCCAAGAAGAGCCUCUCACUGAAGCAUAUCCCGUCGAAGAGCCUCUCGUUGAAGAGUGUCCCAUCGGAGAGCCUCCAGCUGAAACGUAUGCCACCGACCAACAUCCUGCUGAAGAACCUCCCUUAGAAGAACAUCCGGAUGUCAGUCUCUAUGCUAAUUAGAAAAAGCAUUCCCCAAAAAAGAGGCUGAAAAGACGCAAGAUUCUCCAGAAGAAGGGCCUUCCAAUCCCAAACCGAGAUGGGACCUUUCCGGUCUCGAAUGUUACUAGGGUGUCAAAAGAUGAUGAAGAACUAGAUUUCAUUUGAAGGUGUCUGCAGAUGUUUCAGUUUUUCUAUACAUUGGCGCGUGGUUG